AUGGUCUUCACUCUUCAGCUUCAGCUCUCACACGAUAAAUUUUGUAGUGAACUUCUCAAAUUCUUAGUAGUCAGCGAUUUCAACCGUAUCUUAAAUCCUUUGAAGUGUUUUAUCCUAGUAAUUCGCAUCGUCGUUUGAAGUCAGAUUACACCAAGGCGUUAUCUGUUAAUACUGUGUUCCAUGAGAGCCCCUAAAUAUGGCCUGACAGCAAACUCAAUCUCCUAGGUUCUGAUUUUCUUCCCAAUCGUUUUGUGUUUUAAGUGCUCGUGAAUAAAACUGAUGCUAAUCCUUCUCUUCACUUCCGCACCUAUGAGACGUUUGUAAAAAAAAGUCGUGUGUGAGUAAUGCAAGGUCAUAGUGGAGACCAUCAUUAUUUCAGCCUCCACUUUGGUACCUUUGGAGAUGGAUGACAGUGAAUGUUACAAAUCUCCUGUGGUGAAUCAUGAUGUCUCAUUGAACCUAGAAGGCAUACAAAAUACAAUCCUUGAAGACAGGUCGAGUCCCAUAGUUGCCAGUAGCCAGCCUUUCUACACCAGUACAGAUAAGAGAAAAAAGACUGCCCAUGCAAACAGCAAUUCACUACUGGAUAGGACAGCUGAGUUUCUCACCUGCUCAGACUCGAGCAAAACUUGGAAUGAGUCAACACCAUCCCGGGAGUCAAAUGUUUCUGCAGAUCUCGAUGCUGGUUUUAGCCCCAUUCGAUCAAAUGAGCAGACUAUUCCAACAUCUUUAGAGCAGCUUAUAGAUCCUCACAAUCUUGAGUGGACGUCGUCAUUGGCCUCUCCUGUUUGUCAGAGGACCUCAGAGUCUGUACUGAAAACUGCCGAAAAACAAGUGUUUUGUCCGAGCAACAACUCCAGAUUUGUUGUCAGCACCAAUUCCUCUAGAGCUUGUGAGUCAGACUCGACCCUCAACGAGUCCAAAAAAUCUGAAUCAUUUCUUUCAAAAUCUGACGCCAUUUUUAGAAGCAAUGACAGUAUUCUCCCGCCCAACAGAACUCUCAACUCCGAAGAAAAUCAUCUGAAGAAGCAUUCAUCUCUGUUUGAGAGGACAUCUCAGAUGUAUAUCAAUCAAGACGAUCGCAAUACUGAAAUUUUUGAAACUAGUCUAUUUCCAAACAUUGAUCUAACUCAAGACCCAAUGAACUCCGACGAAAAUUCAACCUCUCCUGUUCUUACGCAGAGUAAAAAAAAAACCACAGCAAGUAGUAAAAAAAGUUAUCGCAAGGAAGACAUCAAGAAUAAAGUUGCCUCAAAUGUCGUUAAAUGCUUGUUCAAGCAAACAACAACAGAAUCAAAGGAGGAAAAAAUUGAAGAAGAGAAACCGGUUGUUGAAGAGAAACCGGCUGCUGAAGAUAAACCGGCUGCUGAAGAUAAACCGGCUGCUGAAGACAAACCAGCUGCUGAAGAUAAACCGGCUGCUGAAGAUAAACCGGCUGCUGAAGACAAACCGGCUGCUGAAGAUAAACCGGCUGCUGAAGAUAAACCAGCUGCUGAAGACAAACCGACUGCUGAAGAUAUCUGUUUAGCUUCGAAAAGUAAUUUUUCACAAUUUUGUCAGUACAGCACUCAAGAUUUCUCAAUCAAUACAGUCGACCAGAUUUGUUUUGCAACAGAGAUCAUUGACUCACCGCUUUCUCCUGAGCUGUGUGUCUCUCAAGGUAGAAAUAAAAAUCAAAUUAAACCCUCUUGGUGCUCGCAGAAAAUUUUUAAUCAAUCAAUUAUUGAUGCCAUUGAAAAUCUUGACUCAUCGCAAAAAGGAGAGAGUUCAUAUUCAAAAAGUGAUGAAUUUCUAGUCCCAUCAAUUCCAGCAGUAAUUUCUAGUAAAGCCAAAGUGAGUGAUGAUUUAAAUCUGGAAAUGAUGAAAGCGAACGCCGUGUCAACAAAAUCAAAAUUGAAGAAACUUAUUUAUCUUAUUAAUGAUGGUCCCUGCACUCAAAGAUUAGAUAUCAAUACUUGCUCAGACAUGAUUCUAAAGAAUGCAUUUGUUUUUGAAGAAGACCCUUCGUGUGUAAAAAGUGGAAUAUUAUCUCAAAAGUCUCAAAAGAUAAAUAAUCCGGGAGGAUUUGUCCCGUUCUCAAAUUUCGUUGACUCAUCAAGCAAAUCUUGUAGAAUACUGACCAAUUGCGUUUCCAAAGCUUCCCAAAAAAUUUUACCUGGAAGUACUUUUAAGAGCCCCAGUAAUGAGAUAAGUCCGUAUUUGUUAAAGAAUUUAGAACAUAACAAGGAAGAUCUCUCUGCUUUUGAGAGUAGUGCAAUGAAUGAAUCAAAGGCUGGUUUAAAUCUAUACUCAGUAAGUGACACCCAGAUGUUUCGUAUUGGGGAACUGAUAGACAAUGCAAACUUGAUCACCAGUUCCUCCAUCUUGUCGACUGAUCCUGUUGAAGACAGAAAUAGAUCUGUAUCAAAACAAUCAAACGUUAAUGCAGAAGAAACCAAUCCAUCGCCAGCUAGUUCGGAUCCGUGCAAUUAUUUUGAAAGAGAUUCAGUUGUCACGCAAGUUCAGCAAGCAAAACCUUCAAACAGUGUUUUAAGUCCUCCCUUGUUCCAUAACUCGGCUAGUUCUUCCAAUUCCUAUCUAAACGACAGCUCUAACAGUGUACAUAAUGCUUCAUUUUUAAAUCAAACCAUAAUUGGAGAUCAAGACUCCUUCAAUGUCUGUGAUAAUGUACAUGAAACCACGAAAACUACAGAUGAUUUUACCAUCUCUGAAAAGAGUGAACCAGUCACAAAUUACGUAAAUGAUUCCAAUUAUAAUUACAGAGAUGAAAGACUUUAUGACCCAAAUAUAAGUAAAAAAAAACUUUUGGAGUCAGGAUACUCCCCAUGCAAAGAUGUUUCAUCCCCUUGUAAGUCAGAUGCAAGUUUCCAAAAGCAGCAGUUAGUGCAUCGUGAUUUUUCAACUGCUAGUGGAAAACAAGUGACUGUUUCAGAGAAAGCUUUGAAGCAAGCCCAACAAAUUUUUGAAGACUGUGAUAGUACUAAAAUGUCAGAAUCAACUACUGCAUCGCAUAAGAAAGUUGCUUGUCAAAGAACUCCCGAGCAAUUUCAACAGGAGUCUGAAAAUCGUUAUACUUCCACAAAACAUGUUUCCUCCGUAGAAGUUGAUAUUGACAGUAGAGAAACUUUUCAAAAUUUAACACAUCAAAGAAAUGAUAUAAAUGAAAAACAAGGAACUGAAAGUUUCCCUUCAGAAGCAUUUCACCGCAGUAGUAAGACUCUAAAAAUUUCAGGUUUGGGAAAUGUACAAAGUGAGACACUGUGCGCAGAAUCUGACGAAAGUGCACCCUCCAGACCAAUUCCAGCUCUUGGAUUCUCCACCGCCAGCGGCAAGAAAGUUGUUGUCUCAGAGGCGGCCCUAAGGAAAGCACAAGAAAAGCUAUACAUGGACGAUGAAAGUACUUUCUCGUCCGCCUCCAUCGUAGAUCCUCUCACAGCCUGCCAGAAAGAAAUCUUAGUUUCGAAAAAUGCUCUCAAUAGAUCUCAAUAUUUGCACCAUACUGUUGGUGAGGAAUGUAUGCCAGUCAGAUCGACUGGGCCUUGUGAAUUCUCUACAGCCAGCGGAAAAAAAGUUUCAAUCUCAGAAGUUGCUCUGAAGAAAGCGAGACAAUUCUUCAAUGACUGUGAUAAUAACACACCAGUCAGAUCAGCUUCCUCAGCUGCAUUCUCCACAGCUAGUGGUAAAAAAGUAUAUGUUUCACAAGAUGACCUUAAUAAAGCAAGAGAAAAACUUGAUACUUGUGAUGAUCCAUCUCCUGUUGUGGAAAAUCCUGCAACCAAAAAUAUGAGUGAUUUCGUUCAAGAGAGUGUUCUCAGCAGAACACAUUUGCAGUCAAAUACUUCUCAUAAAGCAGUGUCAGCACUAGGUUUCUCUACUGCAAGUGGUAAGAAAGUUCCUGUUUCUGAAGAUGCCUUAAGUAAAGCACGGCAGUUGCUCGAAACCGAUGAUGAUAUUACGCCGGUGAGACCAAACUCUGCUGUUGGAUUUUCAACUGCAAGUGGUAAGAAAGUUCCCGUCUCUGAAGAUGCCUUACGUAAAGCACGGCAGUUGUUCGAAAGUGACAAAAGUACACCAAUAUCGUCUACUUCUUUGAUGGGCUUCUCUACUGCAAGUGGUAAGAAAGUUCCCGUCUCUGAAGAUUCCUUAAGUAAAGCACGGCAGUUGCUCGAAACCUGUGAUAAUAUCACACCAGUGAAACCAAACUCUGUUGUUGGAUUUUCAACUGCAAGUGGUAGGAAAGUUCCCGUCUCUGAAGAUGCCUUACGUAAAGCACGGCAGUUGUUCGAAAGUGACAAAAGUACACCAAUAUCGUCUACUUCUUUGAUGGGCUUCUCCACUGCAAGUGGUAAGAAAGUUCCUGUUUCUGAAGAUGCCUUAAGUAAAGCACGGCAGUUAUUCGAAACCUGUGAUGAUAUUACGCCGGUGAGACCAAACUCUGCUGUUGGAUUUUCAACUGCAAGUGGUAGGAAAGUUCCUGUUUCUGAAGAUUCCUUAAGUAAAGCACGGCAGUUGUUCGAAAGUGACAAAAGUACACCAAUUACGCCAAAUUCUUUGAUGGGCUUCUCUACUGCUAGUGGUAAAAAGGUGUCUGUAUCGGAUGACGCUGUGCUCAAAGCCAAAUUGUUUCUGGAUUCCACUGAUUAUAGCAGCUCAUAUACAUCUAUCCCUCCCAUGAAAUUUUCUGUAACUGGUGGAAAAGAAAUAGUUGCUUCCAGCAUCGAAAAACAGGUUGCCUCUAACAAACCUGAACGAUCAUUUGGAUGUGCCAAAAAGAACUUGAAUAAUCGGAAUUCUUUACUGUACCAUGAUUCCUUGUCUCGUCGAGAAGAUACUGAGCAGACCCCUCACAAACGAUGCAAAAUUGAUCAAAAUUUUGAUAGAACUGAACCAUUUAUUAAAAACACCAAGAGUACAUCUGGUACCUUUGUAAAAUCUAAUUUUAGAGGAAUGGAAGGAAAAUUCAAAGAAUGUUUGAGUGAAGCAGAAAACAAGAAGCAAACUCCUAUGAAAAGGAAUUUUGCUUUGAAAGAUUCCAGUAAUUCUUAUCAAUCACUAAACAUGUCAAAUGUGUCGCCAAGUAUCGCACGAGAAGUUUCAGAAAGUGCUGCUGCUCUAAUGAAUGAUGAAGAGAACUCUGAGUCAGGCACAGAUUGGUCAUCAUCUAUUGUCAAAUCUGCGAAUGUAUCUAAUCAAGUUUCCUGCUUUGAAUCCUUUUUUUCCUGUGAAAAUGAUGAUGACGAUGGAUCAACUUCCCCUAUCCUUAUAUCAGAACACAGUAAAAGACGGAAACGAACAAAACGAUUGGAUGCCGCAAAACAAAAAACCCUCUCUUCAAUGGGAAUGUCUCCCUCCAUACCUUCAGGCUCCUCUCCAUUCCUAACACCUGGUAGCUCUGGAGUCCGUCAAAUUGUGGCAGAUGUGCCAAGAAGUUUGCUGUUCAAGAAGGGAGUACAGUGUUAUAGUACUCCGAAAAUGGAUGGACCAAGGAAACGAGAAAGAGAAACUGAUGUCUGUGCACCUUUUAAUAAACGUCUGAAAGAAUGUGGCGAGCCGAGAGAAGAUUCUUGUGAGAAAAGAGUGCUUGAUGCCCGAUUGAAAGCAGCGGAAGAGCAAGAGAAAGUUAUCAGGAUCAGGAAGAAAGUGAAAGUACCUCAAGAAAUAGGAAGCUAUUUAAGGAAGAAGAUGACUGAAAAACGAAUAUUAUUAAGACAUGCAGUUUUACAACAGCAGCCAAAGAUAUUUUCUAAAGAAGACUUACAACUUCAUGGUGUUACUGAGAAUGUUAUGCAAGUCACAGCUGAAAAUGCCCUGAAUUUUCGGUUCUCUGCACAGGAUCAUUACAGUGAUGAAGUUACUAAAAGCAACUGCGAAGGCAUCGAAGUUGGUGAUGGAGCUAAAAUCGUUCUUGCAGAGGAUGGAACUGCUGGCUUGAAAGAAAUUCGAAGAGCAUUUUUGUCGAGUCCUGGUGUUGAUACUGCUAUUGUUCCUGAAAAAUGGGUUGAUAAUCACUACCGAUGGAUAGUUUGGAAACUUGCAUGUAUGGAGCAGAGGUUUCCACAAAUUUAUGCAAAGAAAUGCUUGACAAUGGACAACUUACUUUUUCAAUUAAAGUACCGUUAUGACAGAGAAAUUGACCGAGCGCAAAGGUCAUCCUUGAGGAAAAUUUUGGAGUCCGAUGAAGCAGCCUCUAGGCGGAUGAUUCUUUGUGUUUCAAAGGUGACCCAGUCAAGCAGCACGACGGAGUUAGAACUGACUGACGGAUGGUAUAGCGUAAAAUCUUUUGUGGAUUCUGCAAUGGCCUCGCUUCUUCAAAGAAAGAAAAUUGUCGUCGGAACUAAAUUGAUGAUUCAAGGUGCUGAACUGCUCAAUUGUGAACAAGGCUGUGAUCCGCUGGAGGUUAGAGGAAACAUUUCUUUAAAAAUACAUUCUAAUUGCACAAGAAGAGCCAAGUGGGAUGCCAAGAUGGGUUUUUUCCAUGAUUCUGGUCCUAUUCCUGUACGUUUAGAUUCGGUGUUGUGUGGUGGAGGAGUGGUGGGAAAGCUACAUGUAUUCAUUGCUAGAGUAUAUCCAGUUUUGUACCUUUCAAAAGGAGCCAAUGGGAAGAGUGUCUUUUUAAAUGAGAAGCUUGAGAUCAGUCAACGAACAUCUGAAGAUAGAGAAAAAUCAAAAAGAAUGGAGGCUAUGUUUAAUGAAGUGAAGAAGGAAUUAGAAGAAGAAAGCAGGAAGAAAACUCGGUCCAGUCGGAGGUCGUACUCAAAAAGACAAAUUUCGUCUCUUUCAUCUGGUCCAGAGCUGGCUGAAUAUUUAGAAGCCGCACUUGAUCCUUCCAUAAUUCAAUUCUCAGAAGAGCAACUCAGAACUCUAUCCGAGUACAAACGUAUGGAGGAAGAAAAAAUGGUACAAGAACUUCGUUCCCGAGUGAAUGAACGCUUGAAGAAUGAAGAAAAUACAAGGAAAAGCUCCACACCGUUGUUAAAAGUUCGAAUAGUAGAAGGCAGUGCAUCGCACUCCAAUUCUCGCUCAUCAGCAAUUUUAACUGUUUGGCGGCCACCAGAAGACGUCUCAUUACUCUUGAAGGAAGGAUCUUUCAUGAAUAUUUACAAUGUAUUACCGUCAAGUUCCAGGUAUGGUGAUGACAUAAGCCUUUCAACGAGUUUUCACACUCGUUAUGAGUUGGUUUCCAAAGACAUGAACCAUCCUCUAUGUAGAGAAGUCUCUCAUUUCACAGAAAUUUCCAAUCCCAAAUUCGGAGAAGUUGAUGUUGUAGGAAUUGUCAUUCAUAUUGAGUCAGGGACUGCUGGGAAAAGUUCUUUUCACAAAGCCUAUCUAUCAGAUUUACAAGAGAAUUUUCUGGCUAUUUCUUUCAGUAAUAGUCUUUCGGACCGUGGCUGGAGUGAUGUUGUGAGGAAAAAUGCUGCAAUUGCUUGCUGUAACUUACAGUGGACUGGUGGGAAAGUUGCAAUGAAAAUUCCUCUUCUCUUUUGCUCUGAAGUUUCGUUUUUCACUGGACAUCCAAAAAUGAAACAUACAGAAAUCGCUCUGCAAAAGUUUAAAAAAAAUCCUCUCUUGAAGGAUGUCUGCAGUUUUGUAAACACUCAAAAAGAAAAGCUGCUUGCUAUUCUUGCCAUAAACUCCUCAAUGGAAGAUCCCGAACCUGCAAGUGUUUCAAAAUUAUCUAAAGGGAGUGAGAGCAAUUUUUCCGCCCUGCUAGACGAUUCUGUGUUUACGGAGGAAGCUUUAAAUUCAAUCGGAGUCGCAGCAGAAUCAGGUAUGAAUUCACUCAUUGUUGAUGCCAGAAUCACGCCUGUACAGCAAAAAAUCCAGCGUUUACAAUCUUAUGGCUCAGCCCCAUCAUUACCAAAAAUACACAUUCCUAAACCCAAUUUAAACCUAAGGAAAGGAUUUAAAGUGCCUGCAAAAAUUGACCAGAGCUAGCAUUUCUUGUUGCUUAAAAGCACCUUAUAUAUUGUAUCAGUUGAAAACUAUCUGUGCUUUUUAUUUUCUUUUCCUGUGUAUAUAUCCCUGGCACUCAAACAAAAAUUACGGAAAUGUCAUUUCUUUGUUGCAUUAAUUUGUGGAAACAGGGAUGUCUACGCAUCGAAUAUUCUGCUAGUAGAAACAAAAGAAGUAAUUAAUGAAGGGCCACAUAGCGUUUCUCUGAAUGAUAAAACAAUUUGCUCUACCUCUUUCUCAUUAUUUUGUGGAUAAAAUUAAUGAAUUAAUAUUUUUGCUGAUGAGAUUGGUCAUUCUUAGAAAUUUUAAUUUGACUCAUUACGAAUUGAAAUCUGUGUCAUGUAUUUGUAGCCAAUAUUGUUGUUACUUUUCAUAAAUUUGCACCUAACUGCAGAUUAAUGGACAACAUCAUUGUCUAUUAAUCUUUGAGUUUUGUUAGCUGUGUGAAGUAUCUCAGGUCAGUGCCAUUUUUUUCCCUCGCGAGGGAUCAUUUUUUUGUUUUACUUAUACCUCUCUUUAAGUUACCGAAUUAUUGCAGUUUUUGCUCAAGAAGUUGGCCUUCACUUGGACCUUUUUUCAUGUUUACAUUUAUUAAUCAUCUUUUCUCGUUUUAAAAUAAUUUGCAUAUCAUUAAGUAUACAAAUGGCAUGUACAUCGACAUGCAAGUAGCCCAUUUCAAAUAAUAUUCUCAUACUUGAUCAUUCCGCUAGGCUUUCAGAGGAGACUGAAUCUAGUUUCCCCUUGAUAUUUUUCUGCCCAGAAUCAGUUUUUUUUUUUUAAAUUUUCUUUUUUUUUAAUCAAAAAAUGUCCUACAAUCGUGUGGUGUCAACACUUGUAGCAGCUAAGUGUAAGUUUUUUAUGUAUUUUUUAUUUUCAUCUCCCCAUCCUGUGCCUUUGUUUUCCUCCUUAUGUUUUUACUUUCUUUUAGCCCCUCCUAAAAUAUGUUAUAUGUAUCAAGUUGUUUAAUUUAUUCCCCUUGUUCUUUCAUGAAGGCCACUGUCACUUGUUAACGUUAAGUACAAAAUUGAUCUUUUCAUUCUUUGGAAAUCAUCAUGUCGGUCAAUAAUCAUUUAUCUUUAGAAAGUUCUU